GAGGCGGAGCUUGCAGUGAGCCGAGAUCUGGCCACUGCACUCCAGCCUGGGCGACAGAGCAAGACUCCGUCUCAAAAAAAAAAAAAAAAAGAGAGAGAGAGAGAGAGAGACCCUCUGAAAGAGUGCUCAGCCCCACACCAGUCCUAUGGGAGUAGACAGGAGGAGAAAGUGGAGGAGUGAGGCAGGAAGGCCAGGGCAGGUCUGUGUAGGCGGUGGGGUGAGGGAUGGGUAGGAGAGGAGGCUGGAGGCCUGAAUCCUGGCAGGACUGGUGGGGAGAGAAGGGAUGACUAGGUGAGCUGGGGGAGAGAGGACGACGGAAGAGUGUUGGGGGGUUCCAGGGCUUCUGGCCCCAGUGCCUGGGAAGAUGGGCAUGGAGGCGCCCUACACUGAACUGGGGCAUGGGGCAUGGGUGGUGAGGCCGGCUUCAGGGUAGCAUGCCUUUGAGACAUCUGAGAGAGAGGUCCGCCCCCAAGGGAAGGAUCCAGACCUGUCUGCAAACAGAUGCUGGCAGCAGCUCAGGAAAACCAAGGGAUAGGUGGGAAGGCAAAGGGUCUGAAGGGAAUGCUGGGGCCAGGGGAAUUUGAGGGGUCAUAAGAAGAGCAAACCCCCGUCCAUAAGAGGAGAGACCCCAAAGAAUCCCACUGAUAAGCCCUAAGCCCAGAGAAGGCAGUGUCAUAGCCUAACACUUCACCUUGAGGGAACUGGUCUAAGGGUUCUGGAAUUCACUUAUCACUUCCCUGACAGCUCCCAUGUCCCUCCCCUCUACUUAUCCAAAGGGUCCACAAAGGCCGAGUGGCUCACACCUGUCAUCCCAGGACUUUGGGAGGAUCGCUUGAGCCCAGGAGUUUGAGACCAGCCUGGGCAACAUAGUGAGACCCCAUCUCUAAAAAAAAAAAAAUUUUAAUUAGCUAAGCAGAGUAGUGCCUGUCUGUAGCCCCAGCUCCUCAGGAGGCUGAGGUGGGAAGAUCCCUUGAGGAGGCAGAGGUUACAAUGAGCCGAGAUCACACCACUGGACUCCAGCCUGGGUGACACAGCAAGACCCUCUCUCAAAAAAUAAAUAAGGAAGGAAAAAUGAAAGGGUUCACCCACCACUGGACAGUUGGCCCAUGGUCGCCUGUGGGGAGAAUACAGCCAGCCUUAGGGAGGAGAUGGAGACAGGAAGGGGCAUAACCAGCAUCUGGCUGGCUGGGGUGGGACCUGGAGAUGGGAGACCUGACUGGCUCACUCAACUUUCUCUUCACCACUCACUCACAGGACCUGGGCCUUGAGGGGUCCCUCCUUACUGACAUCCUCUACAGAGAUGUGGCCUUCCUCAACCUGGUCGACCCCAUCUCCCAUGACCUGCUUGUGAACCUGGCCCGGGACCUGCAGUGCCCCAAGAAGGCCCUGAAGUGGGCAGGAGGGGCUCAGGUUCACCAUGGUGACACUGCCCUCCCACAAGACUACGAGCUCUGGAAGUCCUCAGAGAAGAUCUGCCGACAGCUCAUCUACCACCUCACCCCUCACUCGAAGCAGCAGCAAGGGUCCAGCCUGUGCCAGAGGAAGACGCAGAGCUGCCUCAAGACCAGCCUCCAGAAGACUCCACGGGCAGAGGAGACUGUGGACCUCUCAGGCAUCCCGCUGUCGGUACGGGACGUGCAGCACAUCACACACUAUCUGAGCAGCCACGGUGCUGUGCUGGCGGUGCUGGACCUGAGCUUCACAGGGCUGAGUGAUGAGCUGCUGCACCUGCUGCUGCCCAGCCUGUGGGUGCUGCCCCGCCUCACCCAGCUCCUGCUCAACGGCAACCGGCUGACGCAGGCUGCUGCCCGCAAGCUCACCGAUGCCAUCAAGGACACCACCAAGUUCCCUGCACUGGCCUGGGUAGACCUGGGCAACAACGUGGAUGUGGCUUCCCUGCCCCAGCCCCUGCUGGUUGGCCUGCGCCGGCGGCUGAGCCAGCACACCUCACUCCCCACCAUCUACGAGGGCCUGGACCUUGAGCCUGAGGGCGGUGCAGCCGGAACCACCACCCCUGCCUCCACCUGGGACUCCACAGCUGCUGGGCUGGGACCCGAGCCCCAGGCCUGCUGCGCCAGGUGACCCACCACCCACCUGGCUCAUUGCUACUGACUUGUGAUGCUCUCAAGCACAUGGUAGUGAGCCAUGAAGGUCGAGGAGGACUCACAGGCCCCCAGAGAUCCAGUGCAAAUGCUCAGCCUGAGAUCAAGGGAGCAGAAGGAGAAUGGACUCAUAGAAGGCCAGGAGGCCAGCCCCAGCUAGAGGCUCAGCCUUCCCUCAGUGGGAGGAGCCCCAACACCCAUAGUGUGGACCCCGCAAUAAAGAGUGACACCCGC